AGGUACCCCCACGCCUGCAGUCCCCGCGCCGUUCCCGGUAUGCGAGCUGGACGCCGGGUUCUCCCAAGUUCCCACCGAGCCGAAUAAAAAGCGUCCUCCCGCAGCUCUCCGCCAAAGACGGACAUUGACUCCAGGACUCCACAGAAUGGAGCAAGAAUGAGAGGAAAAAGGCCGGCAGAAAAGCAUGAACUGGAGGUUUGUUGAGCUCCUCUACUUCCUGUUUGUAUGGGGCCGUAUCUCAGUGCAGCCCUCCCACCAGGAACCAGCUGGGACAGACCAACAUGUCUCCAAGGAAUUUGAUUGGCUUAUUUCAGACAGGGGGCCUUUCCACCACUCCAGGAGCUACCUAUCCUUUGUGGAAAGACACCGUCAAGGAUUUACAACCAGAUAUAAAAUAUACAGGGAGUUUGCCCGUUGGAAGGUGAGGAACACAGCCAUCGAGAGGAGAGACCUGGUCCGCCACCCGGUGCCCCUCAUGCCAGAGUUUCAGAGGAGCAUCCGCCUGCUUGGCCGGAGACCUACCACGCAGCAGUUCAUCGACACCAUCAUCAAAAAGUACGGCACCCACCUCCUCAUCUCGGCCACCUUGGGAGGGGAGGAGGCCUUGACCAUGUACAUGGACAAAAGUCGUCUCGAUAGGAAGUCAGGGAAUGCCACCCAAAGUGUUGAAGCUCUGCACCAGCUUGCGUCAUCCUACUUUGUCGACCGUGAUGGCACCAUGAGGAGGCUCCAUGAGAUCCAGAUAUCAACUGGAGCAAUCAAGGUCACAGAGACACGCACCGGGCCUCUGGGCUGUAACAGCUAUGACAAUCUGGACUCUGUGAGUUCCGUCCUUCUGCAAAGCACGGAGAGCAAACUGCACCUUCAAGGUCUUCAGAUCAUCUUCCCUCAAUAUCUGCAAGAGAAGUUUGUCCAGUCGGCCUUGAGCUACAUCAUGUGCAAUGGUGAGGGGGAGUACGUGUGUCAGAACAGCCAGUGUAGAUGUCAGUGCGCGGAGGAAUUCCCACAAUGCAACUGCCCCAUCACCGACAUCCAGAUCAUGGAGUACACGCUGGCCAACAUGGCCAAGUCUUGGGCCGAAGCUUAUAAGGACCUGGAGAAUUCAGAUGAGUUUAAAUCCUUCAUGAAGCGUCUCCCCAGCAACCACUUCCUGACCAUCGGGAGCAUCCAUCAGCACUGGGGCAACGACUGGGACCUGCAGAACCGGUACAAGCUCCUGCAGAGCGCCACCGAGGCCCAGAGGCAGAAGAUCCAGCGCACGGCCCGCAAGCUCUUCGGCCUCAGCGUCCGCUGCCGUCACAAUCCCAACCACCAGCUGCCUCGGGAGAGGACAAUUCAGCAGUGGCUCGCGAGGGUCCAGUCGCUUCUCUACUGCAACGAGAACGGGUUUUGGGGAACCUUCCUAGAGAGCCAGAGGAGCUGCGUGUGCCACGGCAGCACCACGCUGUGCCAGCGCCCCAUCCCCUGCAUCAUAGGCGGGAACAACAGCUGCGCCAUGUGCAGCCUGGCCAACAUCUCGCUCUGCGGCUCCUGCAACAAGGGCUACAAGCUCUACCGCGGCCGCUGCGAACCCCAGAACGUGGACUCGGAGCGGAGCGAGCAGUUCAUCAGCUUCGAGACCGACCUGGACUUCCAGGACCUGGAGCUGAAGUACCUGUUGCAGAAGAUGGACUCGCGCCUCUACGUCCACACCACCUUCAUCAGCAACGAGAUCCGCCUCGACACGUUCUUCGAUCCGCGGUGGCGCAAGCGCAUGUCCCUCACGCUCAAGAGCAACAAGAACCGCAUGGACUUCAUCCACAUGGUGAUCGGCAUGUCCAUGCGCAUCUGCCAGAUGCGCAACAGCAGCCUGGACCCCAUGUUCUUUGUCUAUGUCAACCCCUUCAGCGGGAGCCACUCCGAGGGCUGGAACAUGCCCUUCGGGGAAUUCGGCUACCCGCGCUGGGAGAAGGUUCGUCUCCAGAAUAGCCAGUGCUACAACUGGACUCUCUUGCUGGGCAAUCGGUGGAAAACGUUUUUCGAGACGGUCCACAUCUACCUACGUAGUCGGACUCGGCUACCCACCCUCCUGCGAAACGAGACUGGCCAGGGCCCCGUGGACCUGUCCGACCCCUCCAAGAGGCAGUUCUACAUCAAGAUCUCGGAUGUGCAGGUGUUUGGGUACAGCCUGCGGUUCAACGCCGACCUCCUUCGCAGCGCCGUGCAGCAGGUCAACCAGUCCUACACGCAAGGUGGCCAGUUCUAUUCCUCUUCGUCUGUGAUGCUCCUCUUGUUGGAUAUUCGGGACCGAAUUAAUCGCCUGGCCCCUCCUGUGGCCCCAGGGAAGCCCCAGCUGGACUUGUUCUCCUGUAUGCUGAAGCACCGGCUGAAACUGACCAACAGCGAGAUCAUCAGGGUGAACCACGCCUUGGACCUCUACAACACCGAGAUCCUCAAACAGUCGGACCAGAUGACAGCCAAGCUCUGUUAACCUGAGACUCCUUGCCGUGGGCUUUCCCUUUUGUUGUACAAACGUAACAGAACAAAGCAAAGCAGAACAAAACACAACACAAGUUUGUAAAAUGUAAUUAAUAUUCAAAGAAAAGGAGGAAGAGUCUUCAUUCGUUGGAAACGAAAACGUUCUAGCAACUGUAUAAAAUCGUCGGGCAUGUUUGUUAUCUCUAUACUCUGUCAUGAAGAAGGGUCUCAGCCUUUGGAGGAGCUUGGAGGGGUUGCUUCUUAGGCCUCAGGUGCUGUAUUGUGGGGGGAGAAGGGGAGAGCAUAUGCAAUGAAUUGCCAAGAUCUCUGCUGUGCAGGUGCUAAGAUUAAAUGCUAAAAAGAAAGAGAGAUAUAUGUAAUGUACAACCGACACUGCCAUUUUUCCUUGUGGGAGGAAAUGGACAUAGAUAAAGAUAUUUCUUGGGUUAUGAUUUCUUCCCUCUCUAUGCCUAAUUACUGUGGUUCUUUUGACUCAUUCUUGCACAGGGGUGGGGAUGUGAUGACCGUGCUCUUACCCAUUCUGAAUAAACUGAAGCUGUUUGAAGCAGGACAGUAAGGGGGUUUGCAGGGAAGAAACAGAUACAUCAUCACAGGGUGUGAAAACAAUAAGGGCCCUCAGAUAUCUGCUGUCACACUCCUUGAUUUAGUUUGUGAAAUAGGCACGGAGAGAAAAUGGCAUGCCCAUGGCCACACAUAGCUACGGCCUGAAUAAGGAUUUGAACUCCGCCUUCUGACCCCCUUGGCAGCGCUCCUCCUUCUAAAUCACGCCAGCCACUUUGUGGUUUCUCCUCCAGCUACACUGCCAGGGGAUGAAGCAUUUUUCCGUCUCAGGUUGUUUUGAUAGCUUUUUUUCUUUCAAUUGAAAAACCCCUCUCACCUACUCUCUCUAAAAAGAAAUGGUCUCAGAUUUCCUAGAAGUCCUUUACAUAUUAAAGUUUUGUUUAAAUAAAAAUCAAUAACCACAAUAAACUAAAAUGGGGUCAGUUCUAAUAUGGCAUUGCCCUACCAGGCAGACUUCCCCAAAUAAGUAUGGGAAAAAAAUGAUCCUUUGAUAAACUCAGAACGAACACACACACACACACACACACACACACACACACACAGCAUGUAAACACACAAAUUAUAACACUGCUGUUUCCUUGGCAUCUAUGAAGGUGAGAGGCCUUGUUUUGGGACUUCGUAGUUAAAUUGAAAGGAGAAACUCAAGAAAGAAAAGUCAUUUCAGAGCACUCCUGUAGAGGAUUUGGACGGAUACCACUUCUUAGCCUUCAAUAUCUCUACGUUUAUCUUUUUGGUGAGGUGGUACUUGCUAGAGGUUCUUCUGAACAUCCAAAUCUUCGUUUCUGUAUUGUCAGAGAAAUAGGAUCACCAAUUUCAGGGUCAAAAGAAAAAAAUGGAAUUCCUCUGGUUUAAACUUCUGUCCAGUCCAAAUCUCCUUCUCAUCAUCUUAGGGAGAUCACCGCCAUUUACUGGCUUGACCAUUCCAGCGACAGGAAGCUAAUUAGCUCUUCCACGUUCCUUGAAUUCCUCUUCUGCUGAAAGGGAACAAUAAUGUUCAUUCCAUUUUGUGUUAUAAAACAAAUCUAGUUAUUAGAUUGUUCUUCCAUACGUUGGCCAGCCUUUGCAUACCUUCCACUCCCUGGCUCCAGUUUUGGAAUGUGAAUUUCUCUCUCAAGUUAAUGCUCUCCUGGAUACAAUACAAAGACCUAUCUCAGGGGUCACCACAGUCUGUGAUAAUACGACUCAAAGAUUACACCAUCCCUAAUAUAGUUUAGAAGUAAAGAAUUACCUAGUGUGUGUUUAUGUAUGUGUGUGUGUGUGUGUUGGCGGUGAGUUGGGGGGAUUAAGUCUUUUUUGGGGGGUAGUGGUAAAUUCCAACUUUAGUGUCCAGUUUUUAGCAUGAAUUAGCAUAAAUUCUGAUAAUGACUUUAACAGUAACUUGCAUUUCACAUGCACACAGGUUUUUGGACCUCAGCUUUUGAGGAUUCAUUGUUCAUUUAGACUAGAAAUCCUUUCAUGCCAGAGAUCACAUCACAGAUAUUCUUCAAGCAUAAGAUUUUGCAGAAGGUUGGCAAACCAUCAAACAUCUCUUCAAUGCCUAUUAGAUGAAUGGGGUAUGUCAGAGAAAUAAAAAUUUGUAAGGACAUGGUCUAUACUUUUGUACCACUCACAAAUUAAUGAAAAAUACAGACAUAUGAACCAAAUUGAAAAAAUAAAUAAUAAUUACAGUACACCAUGAUGAGUGCUAUCGUGGGGUCAGACACAUGGAGAGAAUCCCUGGAGAAGUUAUUUUCUCUCUUAAUGGGGUUGGCCAAAGCUUUAUGUGGGCAUGUUUAUUCUGAGUGUUGAAGUGAAUCAGAGUUGGGCAAAUAGCAAGAAGAAGGGCCAAAGGAAGAGAAAAUGCAA